UUUGUUUAAAUUCGCCCUGUGAAUUUUGAGCAUCUGAUGAUGUUUUGCUGCACGCAAAGUAAAUUUAUAUCAAAAAUAAAAUAAAUGCAAUUUUUGGGAAUAAAAUUUCAAAGUUUAUAUAUCAAAGGCUCACUUAUGUCUUUCUACGCUGUUGCCCGGGGUCACAAUAUUGGCAUAUAUGAUAGCUGGGCUAAGUGCGAAGAACAGGUAAAAGGUUUCAAGAGUGCUAGGUAUAGAAAAUUCAAGACACGGUCCGAAGCCGAAAAUUAUAUCAAAAAUCUCUCUGGUCUUACUGUUGCGGGAACUAAGGUUCGAGAGCAUGCGUGUUUUUGGCCAGAAGAUGAAUGUUUUGAGUUAAAUUCAUUGGAAGAUUCGGAAUUGCUUGCUGCAGCUGCUGAGGUAGAAAAAACUACGAAAGGUAAAAAUAAAAGAACGGCUAGUUCUGCUGAAGACCACGAAAAGGCCAAAAAGAAGUUUCCUGUUCAUGUUUCGAAUUUCUGGAAACCCGUAGCACACGAAACCAUAAAGGGAUUAAGUUUUGAAAUUGAUUCUGAGGGCUACGUUAUUGUCUAUACAGAUGGUUCUUGUAUAAACAAUGGUCAGCCUGAUGCCUGCGCUGGUUUGGGUGUAUAUUUUGGCGAAAAUCAUCCAUUGAACGCGUCAGAACCAGUUACCGGGCGAGUUACCAAUAAUGUGGGCGAAAUACAAGCUGCCAUUCAUGCCAUUAAAUCGGCCAAAAGCCUUGGGAUCAAAAGCUUAUGUGUUAGUACCGACUCUCAAUUCCUUAUAAAUUCUAUUACAUUGUGGAUCAAAACUUGGAAACAAAACGAAUGGCGCCUGAAAAAUGGAGAACCCGUAAAAAAUGAAGUUGAUUUCAAAAAGCUUGAUGAAUUGUUAGCUGAUAAAAGUAUUCGAGUGAAAUGGAACUAUGUAAAAGGUCAUAAUAAAAUCGUUGGCAACCAAAUAGCCGAUAAAUUGGCAAGAGAAGGGUCGGAUAUGUACAGGCGUCUACAUAAUUGAAAGAAAGAGCAUAGCAUAGUUUAGCAUGAAUAUUUUUUAAUGUUGUGAUAUAUAACGAUAAUGGUAAUAAAUAAAUAUUUCGUUAUUAUAAUGGUUA